UCUUUCUCAGCCUCUCUGUUUCUUCUUCUUCUCUAAUCUCUCAACAUGUCUUGCAACGCGACCGAUCUCUCGGUCUUGUUAGGUCCUAAUGCCACGGAGGCUGCCAACUACAUCUGUGGCCAGCUAAGCGUCGUCGACAGCAAGUUCAUCGACACCGCUUUCGCCAUAGACACCACUUACCUCCUCUUCUCCGCUUACCUUGUCUUCUCUAUGCAGCUUGGCUUCGCUAUGCUCUGUGCCGGUUCCGUAAGAGCCAAGAAUACGAUGAACAUCAUGCUUACCAACGUUCUUGAUGCUGCGGCCGGAGGUCUCUUUUACUAUCUAUUUGGCUAUGCUUUUGCCUUUGGAUCUCCGUCCAAUGGUUUCAUUGGUAAACACUACUUUGGUCUCAAAGAUAUCCCCACGGCCACUGCUGAUUAUUCCAAUUUUCUCUACCAAUGGGCCUUUGCUAUAGCCGCGGCUGGAAUCACUAGUGGUUCGAUCGCUGAACGGACUCAGUUCGUGGCUUACCUAAUCUAUUCCUCUUUCUUAACCGGGUUUGUUUACCCGGUCGUGUCUCACUGGUUCUGGUCGGUUGAUGGAUGGGCCAGUCCGUUCCGGACCGAUGGAGAUUUGCUUUUCAGAACCGGAGCGAUCGAUUUCGCUGGCUCCGGUGUUGUUCAUAUGGUCGGAGGUAUCGCUGGACUCUGGGGAGCGUUCAUUGAAGGACCACGACUCGGCCGGUUCGAUAACGGUGGCCGUGCCAUCGCU